CUGUGUGGUGGUGGUGGUGGGGGUGGUGGUGCAGGCGAGAAAAAGAGGCUUGUGUAAAGAAAGGUUGCCUGGGCUGACUGCGUCAAGCAGACGCGCUGGAGAUGAAAUUUCGACCAUCUUUACUUACACACCAUCUGAAUGAUAUUACCGACUUCGUCUUCCUCUGUCCAAAAUUCAACUUCCUUUUGAAAAGGAACCAUUCUCGCGUCGCUACACCCCAUAAACUCACGUCGAAAAGCGCUUGGUCUCAUGCCAUACGCCAGCAACAAUCAUCGUCAUGACCAGUAGACGUCGGCCCUCGACGGGGCCUCCCUCCAACCCACGAUAUCAACUCAUGACACCGGACAAUGAUCGCGAGUCGUUUCUCGAUAUUCCCGUCUAUGAUGGUGUUCCGAAUCUCAACCCCCCGCGAGAUCAUCUCGUCUACCCGACUUACCAGCAGCGCGAGAAGAGCCCUGCCCCUCAGGUCGUCCGGGUAGCCAAACAGCCUGAGAUGAUAAGACGACAAUCGCUCCGGCCGGUCGCGGGGCAUUGGGGCACCUUUGAUGCCAAUCCUGUGGUGAGCGACGCCAAUCUUCCCGGCUAUUUCCACGAUACAGAACCAGAGGACUUGGAGAGCGAUAUCAUCGAGGCGAUUCCACGUACCGUCCCAUUCGGUUACUCGCAUCCCGCAGAUAUGACCGAUUUAUACUCUGAAGUGUCCGAUGAGGAUCUGGAUGUCGGCCAUGACGAAUCAAUCGUCUUUCCACAACUGCCGAUCGAGGAUGUCUUUGCCGAAGUCGCUUAUGUUUUACGCAUGAAAUCGAACCCUACCAGUCAGGGCUUUGCCUAUGUCUUGGCUGAUCCGACCGGUCGCAGUAAGUUCUACAAGAUCGGGAGCUCCAAAAAUGCCUCGAGGAAGGCGAACGAGCACCGAAGUAUCUGUAGCCUCUCCUUCUGGGGCAUGAAUCGAAGGCCCGCGACCCCUAUUCGAGAAUACAAGCGUUUGGAGAAACUGGCGCACGCGGAGCUGAUGAAUUUCAGCUACGAUCCAAAUUGUAUCUGCGCCACACAGCAUGGGGGGUAUUUCUGGGGGCGGGAACAAUCUGCAUUCGAUGUUUUGGAGUUCUGGGCUAAAUGGUUUGCGAAGCACGCCCCGUACAGUAAAGGCGGCCUUUUGCUACCAUUCUGGGAUCACCGACUGAAAGCCUUUGAGGCCGACCUUGUAAAAUACUUCAACUGCGGCUCUCCGAACUGUACUAGACACACUCCCGACGCCAUGGCCUGCCAGGCCUGUCUUCGCGCGGGGUGGAAAGCGUGGGCUGAGCCAUCAAGCUCCGAGAAGAUCGAUUAUGCGACCCGUACGCAGAUCGGCAUUGAAUGGGUGCACAGAGUCUUGAUCUACCUACACCAAUACCUUCCCAUACCGGAGAAGUACGUUCUCACCUUCGUGGACUGCAUGGCAUGGACCAUAUUCAUGUGGGGUCGGUUCAAGCAUCCCACUUUACUGCUCAAUCUGAUGUAUGCUCGACUUCUCAUCCCCCUGCUCUGGUCGUCGAUCUUCACCACCGCCGAUUACAUCCCGGUUGUAGCUAUUUUUGAAAUCGUCCUCUUUUCCGUGAUCUAUCAGCUUGUGAGGCGUGAACUCUUGCAAGUAUACCGCAGGGUUUCGCAACCUCAACCAGUCAGCGGAUCGGCGAGCACCAAGCCAGUGUUGGCGAUCUUGGAUAAUUCUGCAGAGGCUGCGGCGGCAGGACGGUCGACGAAACCGCCAAAGGCCAUUGAUAUUUCUGAGGAUGAAGUCCAAAACGUUACGAAGCAAGCGACCAUGCAGACGAAAGGAAAUGGAAAGAAGAUGGCGGCUACGGCGCGACUCAGGCGGAUGAAGACUGGCCGGCGAAGGAUAUACUCUGUAGAAAGGUCGGCAGAUGAGACCCUACAGCUGAGCAAGCGGACCACCCGCGCCUGCGACGCCUGCUACAAGAGAAAGAUCAAAUGUGAUGCUGCUGUUCCGAGGUGUAACUGGUGUAGUCACCACAACACUCCCUGUCUGUUUGAGCGGAAGAUCAAGAGAGGACGCAAAGUUGUCUCCCGUGUAAAUGACUCUACUCUCCCAAAGCAUCAGCUCUCAGAGCGUAUCGCUAGGAUUGAGAAGAUUUUAACCCAUAGGUUUCCUGACCCCGAAUCUCUCAUAUCGCAACAACGGAGCCAGCAAAAUACCCAAGCUAGUUCCAUGAUUUCGGCUAUAGAGGGGUCGGACAGCCCGCUAUCUCGCACACAAUCAUCUGUGUCGUCUUCCGUUCCACUCCACUUCGCUGGGCGCAAGCUAGGCGUUAUCAGCUUAUUCACAGGCAUUCCUUUUCUCCUACCGGAGGGUCAAGAAUGGGUUCAGUCACGGACCGGUGAGAGGCUUGCCUUUGACAGGUUUGCCCCCGGUCGUGCACCAUGGGAAAGACAGCGAAAUUUCAAUUCUACUACGUUACUAGCGGACUUUCAGCCGUUCCAAAGCCGUGAACUUCCGGAUCGAAGCAUCGUGGAGAUGGAAUUGGAUAUCUAUCGAACUUCGCUGAUGCGACGCAUCUUUCCUGUAAUUGACCCGGUCUUGUUCUUAGACACGAUUAAGGCUGCGUAUCACCAACCACAUUCCAACCCCUCAAACAACGGGCAGUGUAGCACCAAGGCAUGCAUCUUUGCUUUCGCAGCGUUUGUAAUAUUUGUUCUUGCGCCGGGCUCCAACAAAGAGCGGCGGGAUUUCCCACCCCUCGACGGCGAAGCAUGUUCUGUGAAGGCUCAGUAUCUUGUGUCACAGGUUCUGCAAGAGAAUGCCACAUUAGAUGGAUUGCAGGCUGUCGCCAUGCUGGCGUUGAUCGAGCUCGUCGCCGGGAACUUGCAAUCUGCAGACUACUAUGGCUCAAUCGCUGUCCGCAUGAUAUUCAUGCUGGGUGCUCACAUCUACUCUGACCAACCCUCGUGGCAUCCCAAAUCAUCCCAUAACCCAGACUCCAGGGUACAGACGCACCUCCGCAAUAUAUUUUGGCUCUGCUACACCCUUCACCAAGACGUCUCCCUUCGAACCGGACAAGCGCAGCCCUUCUCCGAAGAAAACUGUGAUCUAACCCUGCCACCGGGCUACGUCGACGAACUAUACACCAGCCUUGCAUUCCACCACCACUCCGCCGAACUCCCCGAAACCCCCAUAUUCCCCAUGGACCUGCGACUCAGCAUCAUCAAAUCCCGCGCCUACAGCGCUCUCUAUUCCUUCCGGUCCCGCAAAAAGACCGACGCCGAGAUCCUCCAGCACAUCCGCGAACUCGACGACGAACUCGAGCGCUGGCGUCUCUCCGUCCCGCCGCAAUGGAGACCCACUUUAUCCUUCUCCCAUGAGACCCCCGAUCCCAACCUGAGCAUGCACUCUGUCAUCCUUCGCCUCAACUACCAUCUUUGCAUGACCAUCAUCCACCAGGCCAGCAGUCGCUGCCAAUCCUGGCGCGCCGGUCAAGCCGGUAUUAUGGACGGGGUGAGCUCGAGUCUCGCGCUUUCAGUUGAAGCCAGUCGUUCAACACUACUAUACCUGGGAACAGCCGAGCACGUUCUCGCUGACGGAGCGUUUUGGAUUCUAAUCUUCUACCCCAUGUCCGCCCUCCUCGCUAUAUUCUGCAACAUCCUCCAAAACCCCGGAGACCUCCAGGCGUCCAAAGACCUCGGCCUGCUCCGAAACGCCACAAAAAUGGUCGAGCGCGUCUUUCUCCGGCAAGCCUACUCAGUCAACGAAAUGGUGCAUAUCAAGCUCGUUGUGGAAUUCGUCAAGGAGUUGUGUCGCUUGGCCACUUGUGCUAUGGAUAGGGCGUGGAGUGAGCGUGCGAGGGAUGGGUCAGGGUCAGGGUCAGGGUCAGGGGGGUCAGUAGCCGGGGGAGGAGUGAAAUGGGAUACCUCUAUAUUAUAGUGUUUGGGAGUGAGAGAUAGAGUGGGAAUUGAGAAAGGGUACAAAAAUUAAGGAAGUGGUAAGGAUGUUUAGGGUGAUUCAUAGACAUUAGAAUACAAAGGAAGCGCAGGCGCAUGGAUAGGAUAUAUAUAUAUAUACACACAUAUAUGUGAGGAAUAAAUU